AUGAAUUUACCCCCUCCAUGGAAUACUGUAAAAUUUGUAGGCUCCUGUAUUGGUUUGGUCUGUCUUGCCAGACCCCCAUAUUUAACUGUAAGAACUUUCAUUUGCAACCCGAUCACCAGAGAGUAUGUUAGGCUUCCAGAAAUUAACAAAUAUUCUGAUGAUGCUUAUUGGACUUGCGGAUAUGGUUAUGCUGCUUCAACCAAUGAGUACAAGGUCGUAGCAAUAAUGUCGACCGAGUUUGAAGAAGUUUUUGUAUAUACUCUAGGCAGUGGCAAAGGAUGGAGGAACCUUGGAAAGUUCAAAAUUGGAGAAAGCACAUACGACUGGGAACUAGGUGUCUUUGCCAAUGGAGCUCUUUAUUGGAAGGAUAUCGAAUUAGGAAUGAUAACAGCCUUCGAUUUGGCCGAGGAAAAGUUUUUUAAAAAAAUUUCACCACCUCCUUUGCCACGAGACACUCAUUGGCAUUGUCAUGAAUUAAGGGUUUUGGACGGGGUUUUGUUUUUUGCUAUGUAUCUAGUUGUCAGAGACGCUGAAUUUUUUGAUAUAUGGUUGUUGAAAAAGAAGAAUGAUAAUCAAGAUAAGAAACAAGGGAAGGGAAGUGCUUCAAAGAAAAACAAAAAGAGAAAAGGGAACGAACAUCCGUCAUUGGGUUGGAGUAAAGAGUUUAGGGUUAAGAAAAGCCAAUUAGUAUCCGUUACGAGGAGUGCCGGAGUUUUAAAUUACACUGAUAACUGCCUUAACAUUUGCAACACAAAAGCUUCAACUUCGAAAAGGCUUGUGGAUUUUAAGGAAUUGGCUUGUGUCUCAUUACCUCGUCAGAAGUCGAAAUUAUAUUGCCAACUGUUCCAAUUAGUGUGGCUUAUGCUGGAUAGUAAUGUUUCAGAAGAAUCUUGCGACGCCUAUAUGAGAUAG